UGCGAGUAAUUGAGAUUCAUUACUAUAUUUUGGGGAAUUUGGACUUUACUAGAGUACUAUUGAAACUGAAUAUUUCCCCUAUCCUUAAUCAAUUAUAUUAACAAGGCAAACAUGAUACUUUUACUCCUUACAUUUUCAUUUAGACCUUUAAAGUACAAAGUAACCUGUGCUGGGCAGAUUACUUGUGAACUGUAAUUAGGUACUGACAAAAAAUGCAACCAGUAACAUAAUCUCAUAGAUUACAUUUUGGGGUAAUUUUAUCAGAUUACUUUAGGAUUAUGUUCAAUUUAAUUCUAUUUUAUUUUAUUUUAUUUUAUGUCACAUGCAUUUGAGUAGGAUAAUCAUUUUAACAUAAAAGUACAAAGAGGAAGAUUUAUACCAUUCUUAUUACUAACAAAAAGAGCUCCUCAUGACAUUUUUAAAAAAACGCAUUAAAAAUUACCUGAAUUAAAUAAAUAUUAAAUUUUACAGCAAUAACAGUGCAUGGCCAAAUUUAAUAUUCAAAACACUGAGGUAUCAAGUGCAUGAAACAUUAAUGACCUUAAAAUCAACAGCAAUGAUGUUGCCUAUAGGUCGAAGUGUUCAUCUAAAAACACUGAAACAUUUUUAACCCAUACAGCUUACUGAUAGUCCAUCGCCUAUUCCUGAGGUGGAAGAUAUUAUCGUUUGAAAAGCAAGAAUAUUCUAAAAGAGCAGAAUAUAUAUAUAUAUUUAAAAAAAGUGAGUUCCACCAAGUCACACAAGGAACAAUUGCAUCAAUUUUUAUGUCAAGUUUCAUGCAGUGGACUCCACCCCAUCAGCAGCAACAGUAGAGUGAUGGACUUUGUUCCAUAUUGCUGCACAUUUUGAAGUUGCAUUAUUGUGUACCCUGCAGGCAGGACCCUUAGAGAUGGCCACUAGAUCCUUUGUAGCAAUUAAGUUCAACGUGUGAGAUGCACACCACUGGUGCGGUAGUAAGAAAUAAUAAUUAUUAGUGUUAUUUUUUUAAGCAUAUGUAGUUCAUUCAAUAAUAUACAGCAUGAUAAACAAUGAUAAACAGCAAUGACAAUGCUAGGACAUUGCUAGGUCAAAGCUGAUGUACAUGAUCCGUACAUCAAACUUCAUUGCUGGAUCACCACUUAUUAUAACACACACAAACAAAAUGGAAACUCAGAAUCAGAAGAACUUGUCUCAAGAACUGGAGUUGUUUCUUCUGCAUUAGAUACUUACCUUAUGAAAGCUAUUUCAAAAAGUGGUGGGGACAUGUUCCAUCCAUAACUAACACCUAUGAACCAAACUCUUACCCUAACCAGUCACUUUGAUUGCGAUUCUUUUAUUUUUUUUUAUGGUAAAGUCUCAUAUCAGCAUGAGCAUUUAUGUUUACAGUUGACCUCGUAAAUAAUAUAAUAUAAUUAGUUCAUGGAUUUUGCAUUGGUGCAGUAUCUCACAAUGAGUGAGUUGUCUACCUUGACAGCAUUUUGGGGCAUCAAACACACGUUCAAAGUGACCUUCCUCCAGAGGGCGCUGGGCUGCUCAAAAAGCCGAAUACCCCAUUGAGCACCAUUCAAAUCUCAGGACAUUUUUUUUUUUUUUUUUUUUGUCUUACUUCAGAAAUCUGUCCCCUUAAAUAUAUAAUAUUUUAAAUUAAUUAAUUACAAUAAGUUGGAUCCUGACAAACAUUUGGGAAACUGACUCAGCAAUCUCUAUUAAAUCAUCCUGUGAUCACAAACGACUGUGAUUGGUCCAUUUUGACAUGCGUUGAGAAGAGUAACAGGUGCCAUGUGACAACGAUAUUUACGCACUUUAGCAGUUGUUUGGACAAUCAUUUGUACCUUAUACCUGAACACUGACACUAAUAAACUUUAAAUGCCAUUGAAAAGGGUAAUAUUAAAAAUAGAAGAAUUGUUAUUUAGACCUAACUUACCUGACCAAUAAGAUACUGCCGGGCAGCUAAACCCCCGCCCACUCUUUAUUCAUGCAAAUUGAUUUUCUUCUCGUUUCUGUUUCUAAUUCUAUUUCUGCGGUUUUGACACAGCCACUUUGACAGCUCUAUUCAUGAAAAACCAAAGACAUUCAGAAUCAGUUUUUCUCUUCUAAUGGUUGUAACAGAAAUGCUUUAAGUUUGGAGAUCUGCACCUCCUUUCGGUCUCCAUGUCAAGCCUUUGUGAUAGUGUGUUUUCCGCAUUUCCCACUGUCAGCCUCUAGCUUUUCCAUGUUGGUCCGGAGCUUGUCAGGUGUCAUGGAGAGCUCCGGGUCCGCUGAGCCGAGCAGAGGGCUAUUCGAGGCCUGCAAGAGCGGAGACCUGGAGCGGGUGAAAAAGCUCGUGUGCCCGGAGAACGUAAACAGCAGAGACACUGCGGGCAGGAGAUCCACCCCACUGCAUUUCGCUGCGGGUUUUGGCCGUAGAGAUGUGGUGGACUACCUUCUGCAGCACGGAGCUAACUUGCACGCCAGAGAUGAUGGAGGUCUCAUCUCGCUGCACAAUGCCUGCUCUUUUGGUCAUGCUGAGGUUGUCAACUUGCUCCUGCUACACGGGGCUGAUGCCAACUCCAGAGACAACUGGAAUUACACCCCGCUUCACGAAGCUGCAAUCAAGGGCAAGAUCGACGUCUGCAUUGUUCUACUGCAGCAUGGUGCUGAGCCAACGAUCCGUAACACAAAUGGAAGGACAGCCCUUGACCUCGCUGAACCCUUCACCAAAGCUGUACUGACCUGUGAAUACAGAAAGGAUGAACUCCUUGAGAGUGCAAGAAGUGGAAAUGAAGAAAAACUGAGGAUGCUCCUCACACCGUUAAAUGUUAACUGUCAUGCUAAUGAUGGGAGGAAGUCCACCCCUUUGCAUCUGGCUGCGGGAUAUAAUCGUGUGAAGACAGUGCAGCUGUUGUUGCAACAUGGAGCUGACGUGCAUGCUAAAGACAAAGGUGACCUUGUGCCUCUUCAUAACGCCUGCUCAUACGGCCACUAUGAGGUAGCUGAGUUACUUGUCAAGCAUGGUGCCUGUGCCAACGCUAUGGACCUGUGGCAGUUCACACCUUUGCACGAGGCAGCUUUGAAAAACAGGGUGGAGGUGUGCUCGCUCCUGCUCAGCUAUGGGGCCGACCCCACCUUCCUCAACUGCCACAACAAGAGUGCGAUCGACCUGGCCGCAACUGCCUCUCUAAAAGAACGCCUAGAAUAUGAGUUCAGAGGGCACACUUUGCUGCAGGCAGCACAUGAAGCUGACAUGGCCCGCGUUAAAAAACACCUCUCCCUUGAGACUAUCAACUUCAAACACCCUCAGACAAAAGAGACAGCUCUGCAUUGUGUCUCCACGUCACCCUAUCCCAAGAGGAAACAGAUCUGUGAACUGCUGCUCAGGAUGGGAGCUAACAUCAGUGAGAAGAAUAAAGACUUCCUCACACCUCUGCAUCUCGCUGCUGAAAAGUCCCACAAUGACAUCAUCGAGGUGCUGGUGAAGCACAAGGCGAAAGUGAAUGUGGUAGAUAACCUGGGCCAGACAGCGUUACAUCACGCGGCUCUCUGCGGCCAUUUGCAGACCUGUCGUCUGCUCCUCAGUGCUGGAUGUGACCCACUCAUCACCUCCCUGCAGAGCUUUUCACCCUCCCAGCUCACCAAUGAAGAGGGAGCAUCUACAAUCAACUCAGAUACAGACAGACAGCUGUUAGAAGCAUCUAAAUCAGGUGAUCUGGAAGUCGUAAAGAAGCGCUGUACUCUUCAGAACGUGAACUGCAGAGAUGUUGAAGGAAGGCAGUCCACUCCUUUGCACUUUGCAGCGGGAUACAACCGUGUAGCUGUGGUGGAGUAUCUACUGCAACACGGAGCCGAUGUGCACGCUAAAGACAAGGGUGGUCUGGUGCCUUUACACAAUGCUUGUUCCUAUGGGCAUUAUGAGGUUGCUGAGCUCCUGGUCAUUCAUGGUGCUGUGGUUAAUGUGGCUGACCUCUGGAAAUUUACACCACUGCAUGAGGCGGCUGCCAAGGGCAAAUAUGAGAUCUGUAAACUGCUGCUUCAGCAUGGUGCUGACCCUACCAAGAAGAAUCGUGAUGGAAACACUCCUCUGGAUUUAGUGAAAGAUGGAGAUACAGAUAUCCAGGACCUGCUCAGGGGAGACGCAGCACUGCUAGAUGCUGCUAAGAAAGGCAGCUUAGCUCGAGUUAAAAAGCUCUGCACUCCAGACAACGUGAACUGUCGAGACACGCAGGGGCGCCACUCCACCCCACUGCACCUGGCAGCUGGCUAUAAUAACCUGGAGGUGGCAGAAUAUCUACUGCAGCAGGGAGCAGAGGUGAACCCUCAGGAUACAGGUGGUCUCGUUCCCUUACACAACGCUGCAUCAUAUGGGCAUGUAGAUGUGGCCGCUUUGCUCAUCAAGUACAACGCAUGCGUCAAUGCCACAGAUAAGUGGGCGUUCACACCUUUGCACGAGGCGGCGCAGAAAGGCAGGACCCAGUUGUGCACGUUGCUUCUUGCGCACGGGGCCAACCCCACGCUUCGCAACCAGGAAGGCGAGUCGCCGCUGGACCUCGUGAUGGCAGAUGAUGUCCGUGCCCUCCUCACAGCCGCCAUGCCCCCCUCGGCAUUGCCGGCAUGUUUUAAACCCCAGGUGGUCAGUGUCUCUACCUCUUUGGGAGUGGUGCCCUCAAACCUCAACUCAAGCUCCACACUGCUCUCUUCAAACUCCAGUUUGGACAGCCAGUCCGGGACCUUCUCAGAGUUGUCCACACUUCUGGGACCUUCUGGGGCUGAAGGGGCAGUUGGCGUAGAGACGAAAGAAGAGGGUCUAGGUGUGGAUUUGAGUAUCAACCAGUUCCUUCACAACCUGGGUCUAGAGCACCUGUUGGAAAUCUUCGACAGAGAGCAGAUAAAUCUGGACGUCCUGGUGGAAAUGGGACACAAGGAAUUGAAGGAGAUCGGCAUCAACGCUUACGGACACAGACACAAGAUCAUCAAAGGAGUGGAGAGACUGAUUAGUGGGCCUCAGAGUUUAAACACUUAUUUGACCUUGAACGCGACCAACAGUGGAACAGUACUGAUAGAUUUGUCCACAGAUGACAAGGAGUUUCAGUCAGUUGAGGAGGAGAUGCAAAGUACCAUUAGGGAACACAGGGACGGUGGCCAUGCAGGGGGAUUUUUCAACAGAUACAAUAUUGUGAAGAUCCAGAAGGUAUGCAAUAAGAAGUUGUGGGAGAGAUACACCCAUCGAAGGAAAGAGGUUUCUGAAGAGAAUCACAACCAUUCCAAUGAGCGCAUGCUCUUCCACGGGUCACCGUUUGUAAACGCCAUCAUUCACAAGGGGUUUGAUGAGAGGCAUGCAUACAUAGGGGGAAUGUUCGGCGCUGGGAUCUACUUCGCAGAGAACUCUUCCAAAAGCAAUCAGUAUGUUUACGGAAUCGGAGGAGGAACAGGGUGCCCUCUACACAAGAACAGGUCAUGCUACGUGUGCCAGAGGCAUCUUCUGUUUUGUCGUGUGACUUUGGGGAAGUCCUUCCUUCAGUUUAGUGCUAUGAAGAUGGCCCACUCUCCACCAGGACACCAUUCAGUCACUGGCAGGCCCAGUGUCAACGGCCUUGCUCUGGCUGAGUACGUCAUUUACAGAGGAGAGCAGGCUUAUCCUGAAUAUUUGAUCACAUAUCAGAUCAUUAAACCAGACGGUUCUUCAGGUUAACACAUGGGAGCUGCUGGCACAGGCCAAUCUGCUAGAAACACACUGGUCUUUCCAUGUUAAAGGAGAGAGACUGCUAUGUUUAUUGCAUGCAUUUAUUUAUACAAUGUAUAAUUUUCUUUCUGUGCUGUCUGGUUUCGCCUCAUUUACAGCACCUUAAUAAUCAAAUCUACUGGAAAGUCAUUUCUGUGGAUGCAACAGAUUUGACCAGUUUAGUCACUAACACUGGUUUCCAAAACUUGCAGUUCCUUUUGUUAGCCUAUCAAAAAGUCUAUGUAUUUAUUUUACAAGGACAAAUUGUAUAUGUGUUUUGUACUAAUUAAUUUAUUGACGUUUGUAACAUGAGAGUUCUAUGCCUGAAAAUCAACGUAUCGUAAAUGUAUGCUAUUAUCUACUUUUGAAGGUUACUUGGUGGCAUUAGCCCAAUUCAAAAGAUAAGGAAUUUUUUGGCAGGUUGGAGCAAGACAAUGUACUGUACGUUCAGUGUACUGUCCUACACUCAUUUGUCACAAUACCCUCUAGUCUGCUUUGUUGCCCUCCAAAGAAAUAACUUUAUAACUUUAACACACCACAGUAUCCCACAGACAAUGUUAUGAAAACGUAAUUUUUUCAUGAAAAUAUUGGAUGCAAAAAAUUCAGUGCUUGAUCAAACAGUUUCUGGGUUUUGAUUUGAAGAUUCUGUUUUUGUCACACAAUUGGUCCGGACUACUUGUCUGUUGUGCAUGAACAUGUCAUGUUUAAAAUGUGUUACUUUGUCCUUCUGCAAUAUUUUAAAGCAAGAGGAAUGUCUUCCUUUGACAUCAACAACAGUACGAGCAAAUAAAGAG